UUGUUUAUAUUCAGAUUCGCUAGUGGCAAUUCCAGUUUUCAGUUCAACUUAAGUGAAUAAAGAGUUGGGCAGUUAGGCCUGUAUCGCUCAGUUGCAACUGACGCGCCGUCUCCGACACAACAUGGCAACGACUGUGAUACAAUUGUUGUUCGCCGCUGUAGCUUUGAGUCUAGUAGCGGGUCUCACUGUGAAUAGCCCCAAAGGUCGGAGGUUCAUCUGCCACUAUACGACUUGGUCCCGGACAAGGCAAGAGGAUGGCGCAUACACUAUCGAAGACAUCCCUGGCGAUAUGUGUUCGCAUGUUGUGUACAAUUUUGUUGCUGUCGAUGAAAAGACCUUUGAACUGACUGCGCUGCAGCCGGAAUAUGACAUCGAGGAAAAUGCUCUUCACCGGUUCACCGCCUUGAAGGACAAGUAUCCGCAUUUGAAAACGAUAGCAGCCGUUGGUGGGUGGGCACACGGAGGCGAACGGUUCAGCAAGAUGGUGGAGUUCCGUGAGCAGCGGAUGCGAUUCGUGGCAAGUGCUGUGAAGUUUCUGCACAAAUAUAAGUUUGACGGUUUAGAGGUGGUUUGGCUAUACCCGGGGAACUUCGACCGCGGCGGAAGCAUCAACGAUAAGGACAAUUUCUACUAUCUUAUUCGGGAACUGUCCAAGGCGUUCAAGGAGGAAAAUUGGGGCUGGGAAGUAAGCGUGCAAGUGCCCGCGGAUAAACAGCGAAUAGAAAGUGGCUAUCAAAUGGAUGCACUUUGUGAGGCGGCCGAUUUUAUCAACGUAAUCGGUUACGAUCUGCGCGGCUGGUGGAACAACUUUGCGGACGUGCAUAGUCCGAUGAUGGAUCGACCCCACGACGAGGGUAGCUUCAUUGGACUCAACGUUAAUAACGGAGUCGGUCAAUGGCUGAUAGAGGGAUGUCCCGCUAGCAAAAUGAUAUUGGGAGUGCCACUGUUUGGUAGAACGUAUCUUCUAUCCAGCCCGGAAGAGAAUGGCGUCGGAGCUCCUACAAUAGGCGCAGGCGCCGCCGGCGAAUACACCAAUGAGCCUGGGUACCUUGGUUAUUGUGAAAUUUGUCAAGUUCUUCCAAAUAUGACUAUCCGGUACGACGAGAUAGGGCAGUGUCCGUUUGCUUACAAUACCGAUGAAUGGAUCGGAUACGAAGACGAACGGUCAAUCAGGGCUAAGAUUGAUUGGGCUAUCAAGAACAGACUAGCCGGAAUCUAUGCCUUUUCACUCGACUUAGACGACUAUCGAGGUCACUGUGGUGAGUCGUAUCCACUGACGAAAGUGCUGCAUAAAUAUUACGAAGAAACCAAAAACGAAACACUAGUAACGUGGCCUUGAGCUAGAAUGUGAUAAAAUAUUGUAUACUGUUUAUGUUGAUACGGCCAACAAGUGUGUCAAAAACUAUUUAAUUACUGAAAAUAAAUACUAGCAAAUUACUAUUAAUGAGAAA